AUGUCCUCUAAGGCAAAGCUCUUUGGCAUCUCCUGCAGCAAUGUCUCUGAAAGGCUCGUGAGCCAGAUCAAAGCCUGGCAGAUCAGUAGAAGCUGUCUGUAUGCAGGAGAGCAGUGCUCCUAUGUGGGAGAGGCGGUGUCUGAGUUCUCCACAGAUCCAGCUGAUAACGGCACAAACUACUGCAGCAUGCAGAACCUGAUGGACGGAAGUACACUGAGCGACGCCGAGGGAUACAAAAAGUUCAGCAACAAGUGGAUCUGCCCUGGGUUUGAUGCUGCCAAGUGCGCCCUGCUGUAAGGGACGAACGGAUCCUGCAGGCUCCAAAUGUUGCCUCUGAGAAA